AUGCCCACAUCUUUGCCUACGACAAACGAUUCCCUUUGCACGUCGAUCUUUUACACCUACAUGAAGAUCAAUAGACACACGUGCAAGGUGAUCGUGGACAGUAGUAGUUGCAUCAAUGCCAUGUCAAACCAAGUCUUGCAAAGAGCAAGGUUGAGUACUAUUAGUCAUCUAGCCCCUUACAAGAUAUUGUGGAUAGACACCGCUGCACUACUCAUUCGUCGACAGUGCCACGUGCCACUUAGGGUGAGCACCUAUGAUGAGCACAUCUUGUGUGAUGUCCUUUUGAUGAAAAUCGGCAACAUCAUACUUGGAUGGCCUUGAUAGUUUGACUAUGACAUCCAACUCAUGGGAAGAGCAAACACUUGCUCUUUCAUGUAUCGAGAUCGCCGACUUGUUUGGUAUCUGCAUACCAACAAGCCCGUGCCGAAGUAUGACCCUAAGUCACGUACUGGGUUAAUUGUGAUGAAGAGACCUGCCUUUUAGCAUGAGAUCACAUCAGACAUAGAUGGAUCUCCGAUGUGCUUUGCUCUCGCUUUGGAUAUGCGAGACAACACGACCCUUACCUCACCUUCUCUAGAAGUCGAGGGUAUAUUAUUGGAAUACGCCGACAUACUCCCAGAGGAGCUUCCUAGAGAGCUGCCUCCAUUGAGACACAUUCAGUAUGCUAUCCACUUGGUUCCUAGAGCAUCACUCUCGAACAUGCCGCACUAUCACAUGGAGCCGGCCAAGUACAAGGAGCUUAGCCAAUAG